AUGGCGUCACCCGGUUCAUUUUCAAGACUACGUACCAAAUUAAUGUUCAUAUAUUUGCUAAUACUAACCAUACUAUGCAUAUGUGAGGCUCAAAAACUAAACCAAACCAGCAUAGUCUUCUUCUUGCAAGAUAUUGCUUCGACCGCUCCAAAUGCUACGGUUGUUCCGGUGAUUGGCAUCAAGGGCAAGGACUGGUCAUUCAACUCUUUUGGCACCAUUUUUGCCGUCGAUGAUCCAAUCACAGAAACCCCAAAUAGAAGUUCAAAUGAAGUUGGUCGAGCACAAGGAAUACUUGUAACAUCGGCUUUGGAUGGGUCUAAUGUGAGUGUGUUACUCUCGAUAGUUUUCACCAAUAAGGAGUACGGUGGUAGCACUUUGGAGCUUCAUGGCGUUAGUCGUCAAAAUGAGAGGUUUAAAGAAGUGUCGGUGGUUUCAGGGACUGGGUCUUUCAGGUUCGCUAGAGGCUUUGCUGUAUUUGAGACUAUCUAUUAUGAAAGAUCAAUUUCAUACUCGAUCGUUAGGUGCACCAUUAGGCUGCUUGAGAGUUAG